AUGGCAGUUGGUGCGCGGAAGCCCGUCGACCGUAGAGCGCUUGAGGACACCACGGUGGUGAGCAACAAACAAGGGCCAUGGUGGAAGGACACUGGUCUACGAAAGCUGAACUUGAUGCUGUUCUUCCUCAUGUUCAGCGAGUUCACUCAAGGAUACGAUGCUUCUUUGAUCAAUAAUGUGCAGGAGCUGAAUGUUUGGCAGGAGGGCAUGUCAAGUAUUGACUUUGCAGCUAGAAAUAUCGUCGGCGUCGUCUUCAUCUCCUUCAUCUCCGACAGGCUCGGACGAAGAUACUGCCUCUUCUUCGGUGCGAUCCUGUGCCUUGCCGGUACUGGCAUGGCUACCGGCGCCUCCAGUGCUGGUCUGUUCAUCGCAGCUCGCUUGCUUCUAGGCAUGGGGGGUGUAGUAGUGGCUGCGAUCGGGCCAGUGUGGAUGGGCGAAUUAGCCUACCCAGCCCAUCGAGCGACAGCAACGUCCAUGUCGAACACUACAUACAGCGCUGGUUCAAUCAUCGCAGCGUGGAUUACAUUUGGAACAUUCCGACUUGCAAAUGCAUGGGCAUGGCGCAUUCCCACCGUCUUCCAAGCGCUUCCUUCAAUAAUCCAAGUAAUUGGAGCAUUCGUUCUUCCAGAAUCCCCCCGCUGGCUCAUCAGCCGCGGCCGUGAACAAGCUGCCCUCGCCAUCCUAGCCAAAUACCACGGCAACGGCGACGCUCAAGACAUCGUCGUGCAACAGGAAUAUCAAGAAAUGAAAGAAACCAUUGAGCUCGAGAUCGCGGCCAAGAAGACCUCUUGGAAAGAACUGAUCAACUCCCGCGGGAACAGAUGGCGUUCAUUCAUCCUCAUAUGGUGUGGAAUCUGCAAACAAUGGUCCGGCAACGGCCUAAUAAGCUACUACCUCAGCAGCAUGCUCAAAUCCGCCGGGAUAACCCGCGAAGUCGACACGACCCUAAUCACAGCAACAAGCCAAAUGUUCAGUUUCGCCUGCGCGCUGGCCUUCGCCUUCCUCCCAGGCCGAGUGGGCCGUAGGCCCCUCCUGCUCUGGUCCAUGGGACUCAUCUGGCUUGUCUUUGCACUCAUAACAGCCUGUACGGGCGUAUUUGUCGAAACGGGUAGUCAGUCUGCAUCGUAUGCCACUGUCGCUUUUAUCUACAUAUACAAUGGAGUACAUAAUCUUGGUUGGACGGGUGCAAUGAUGCUAUAUGUCGUCGAAAUCCUCCCCUACUCUAUCCGCGCCAAAGGCAUUGCCCUUUUCUGGCUCGUCACUGGCGCCACCGGGGCAUUCAACACAUAUGUAAAUCCGCUGGGAAUCGAUGCGUUCGCAUGGAAGUAUUAUUUCUUCUAUGUAGGGUGGAUUAUCGUUGAGUUUGUGGUGGUGUAUUUCUUCUUUAUUGAGACUAAAGGACCGAGUCUGGAGCAGAUUGCGCUGCUCUUCGAUGGCAAGGAUGCGGUGGUUAGUCAUGCUAAUCCCGUGGCGGAGGAGUUCUUGGAUGAGAAGGAGAAGGAGGGAGCGGAGGCGAAGGAGAUUGAAGUGGCUCGGUAG